GGCAGAAACACUCCCUUAGCCUACAUGAAUAUGGAUCUCAUGCUGAUAGCAGACGUAAUAAAGGUUCAGUGUGUGGUGUCACUGCUGGAUUUCUAAUGUGUUGAAUCACUAACGAUACUUCAUGGCGGUGACACUUUUGUUUUGAAAGCUCCGCGUCGUACAUCAGUUGUUUGCAGCAGCUAACUAGCUCAGCAGCGGCUCACUCAGAAAACAUCAUCAUGGCAGCGGAGUGCGAUGUGCUGUCUGAAAUUGAGGUGCUGGAGUCGAUCUACCUGGAUGAACUGCAGGUCAACAGGAAAGAAGACGGGGGCUGGGACGUGAGCCUGGUCCUGUACCCAUCCACAGCGGAGGACUCUGUCUCCCAGUUUGUGCGUCUCACCCUGACUUUGACCCUUGAUCAGCAAUAUCCCUCGUCCUCUCCAGCCAUCUCCAUUCAUAACCCACGGGGGCUUUCUGAUGACAAGAUCAGCAGUGUCCAAAAGUGUCUUCAGUUGGAGGCUCAGUCCUGUCUGGGUUCGCCUGUGUUGUAUCAGCUCAUUGAGAAAGCUAAAGAAAUCCUGACUGAGAGCAAUAUUCCUCAUGGAAACUGUGUCAUUUGCCUCUAUGGCUUUAAGGAGGGAGAGACGUUCUCCAAGACUAACUGCUAUCACUACUUCCACUCACACUGUCUCGGUCGUUAUGCCAGCCACUCUGAGAUGGAGCUCCGCCAGAGGGAGAAGGAGUUAGAGGAGGACAAGACUAGAGAGAGAACAGACUAUCAGGAGCUGACUGUGGUGUGUCCGGUGUGUAGAGAGCCUCUAAGCUAUAGUUUGGACCAGCUUCUGUCCUCCCCUGCCCCCCAGCUGCCUGAGAUGGACGAAGCAGCGAUUGGCUCAACUUUUCAACAGAAGUGGUGUGAACUCCAGAAGCUUUUGGAAAGACAGAGGUCUAAAGGUGGGAUCAUUGACCCGGAGGUGGAAUCAAAUCGUUUUUUCAUCCAUACCAACGAGACUCCAUCUGCUGCUGAAAAUGGAAACCUGGACGCAGAUGUCUCUCCUGGUCCCCCGGUACCCUCUGCGUCUAAUGUUUCCUCUUAUGAAACUGGUGUCAGAGCAGACCAGUUUGUUCCUGGACUGUCCCACUGCAGAGGCGGUCAGGGCCAGAAGCGUCAGAACCAGAUGAGGGGGCCAAGGAGAGGAGGCAGGUCCAAACCACAACACCGGAGAGCUGCCCCCAUCACAGAGCACCUGGAUAAACUGUCUCUGUCCUCAGACUGCACUGAAAGACCAAUAAAAGCCAAAGCUCAGGGUAACCAUGGCCAACAAGUGCAAGUAAAUGCAGAAUUAUGUCAGUCUAAAACAGGCAGGGGUGUCCACGCAGAGCAACAAGAGACCUUAGUGUCUCCAGAUGAUCAGCCAAUGUGCCAGGCAGCCUUGGAAACUGAAUGCCCAAAAGAUGCUGCAGACUCUGGAGGCGGUCGUGGUCACCAUGGAAGGAGAAGGGGUCCUCACCGAUCUGUCCCGGACAACGGAGCCCUUGGGCCCGCACGCUACCACUGGGAUGGGCGAGCUUCCAGAAGCAGGGGAGGAGGGCCCAAUAACCUGUACAGCAGAGGAGGGGGCCCCCGCCGGGGUCAUGGCAGGGGCUUUCAGCACAAAGUGGUAGAGCGAGAGAGAGGAAGAGAGGAGGUGCUAUGACAAAGGGCAACAGGAGGGCCAAUGAACAAAUGUAUGUGUGCCUCCAUUAUCCGUUUGCAUAGAUUAAAGCCCUGCACCAGAAACGACAUUCACUGUAGUAUCCUUUCCUCCUGUACAUUGCCGUUAUUCUGGUCUCUGGUAUGCACUUUAAUGCACACUAAUAUCGGAUACAGAUGGUUGUUGCUUUUUGUUGUGGUGCAAUAUGACUUGGAAGAACUACAAAUUAAAUUUCCCCUGGAUGUCAGUGA